AUUACGUUCUAAGUUGUGGCCUUACAAGUUUUAUAGAUCUUGACCUGAAACAGAUUUUGGAAACGAAAAGUUUGACCGUACCGAAAUAUAUAAAACAGAAUAAACAUCAGCGUUUUUAUGUUGGAAUUUUAUUUACGUUGAUGUUGGAGAGCUGAAAAACUUAGUAAAAUUACCUGGACAAGUUGAGAGUUUUAGUAUAGCAAGCAUGAAGUUGGUCUUCUUUUUGUUGUGUUUACCAAUGGCUCUAUCAGCUCAAGAUUGCACGGCGUCGCUUAGCAUUGUAAAUAAGCCUUUAAAUGUAUCAUCCGCGCAGGAGUGUUUUGAAAGCUGUGCUUCCGACCCUAAAUGUACUGCAUAUAGAUUUGCUGAUACAUGCAUAAAUGCAGUCUCCAACGACGUGCCUGCUGAUACUGACACUGAGAAUAUUACUGGUACUGUUACAGUAUUCGUGCAUUGCAGGAGUACACAGCAGUGUAAAGCAAAAGCAAGUGCUAUUGAAGAAAUAUCAUCAGUUAACAACACUGAAUGUUUCCGCAACUGCUCCUCUAAUCCAAGAUGCUAUGGUUACAGAUAUUCAAUAGGAAACUGCAUAUAUGCUUUAGCGAGCGGAGACGACAUCGACAUUUCUACCUCCACCUCGACAGCUAUUGUGUGCUGUUCUUGUGAUGAUCCGAUAUCGACGACCGCAGCAUUUACCACCACCACGCUAACAACCAGUCCUAUAACGACCACCAUUACAAAGAUAACCACUACAGCUAGCACAACCAGCACCACCAGCACACGAGCACCAGCCACCACGCAAGCAGAUACAACCACGAACGAACCAGCAACCACAACAAGAUUAGUAACAACCGUGAACAACCAGCAGACUACGAAUUCUGCAACCAGAAAUAACCCAGAACCCACACCAACCACACGAGCCCCAGCCCAGCGCUACUACGACUGCCACAGCUGUACCAGCGGCUGCAGCAGCAAGAAACAGAACUACCUGUGUCCUGCCAAUGGGAAAAUAAAGACUGGGACCAACACACGUUUUGUCAGGUGUAAGGGACCUUGCAUGUCUACUGUCAACAAAACACCUUUUGGUGGCGAUGUGGUCCGUGGAUGUUCAGACGGCAAGUUCCCAGGUCUUCGUAUCCCAGCCAAUGGCUGCCUGACUCACAAGAAGGAAGUCACGUGUUUUUGUACUGGUGACCGCUGUAACACCAGAAACAUGGUGCAGGAGCAGAGAAGGAUGGGAUAUGGAUGGUGGAUGUGGCGUGGACAGCAUUACAAAAAAUGAGAAGAUAAUGCUAGUAGACCGACACAUAAAUAACAUAAAAUGGGUUGAAAAUUCUUUUGAUUAUUUUCUAAUAUAACCUGAUUGUUUUUUUUGUUUUG